CUCCUAUGCACCUGCUGAGGCGAAAAGGGAUCGGAUAGUUUUGAUGCUUCGGGAGGUGGUCUGUUAGGAGCGCCGCGGAAGUUCUUUUUUCAACCGAGUUUUAAAGGAAAAGUAUUGGAAUAGACAGAAAGGAAUGGAUUUCUCGAUAUCCCACCUCUGCUCUGUAUUGAUUAUUCUCAUUGCAGGUGUAGCCCAUUGCCUGGAGAUCACGUCCCAGGGGCCCACGUCCAUAGAGAAGGCCAGCAGUGAGAGCGUCAAGCUGGACUGCCAGUUCUCUCUGGCACCCGAGGACUCUGGCCCUCUGGACAUCGAAUGGAGCCUGCUGGCCUCUGACAACCAGAAAGAGGAUAAAGUGGUGAUCCUGUACUCUGGGGACAGGGCCUAUGAGGACUACUACCCUGCAGUGAAGGGGCGAGCCCACUUCAACUCAGCUGACCCUAAGAAUGGUGACGCCUCCAUCAACUUGACAGGUCUGAAGUCUAGCGACACUGGGACCUACCAGUGCAAGGUGAAGAAGGCCCCGGGCAUCCGCAGCAGGAAGAUGCUGCUGACCGUCAUGGUGAGGCCGUCCAAGCCCAGAUGCUCUGCCGACGGCCUCACCCUGGAGGGUAUGGAUGUGGUCCUGAGGUGUACGUCUAGUGAGGGGACCAACCCCCUGCAGUACACCUGGGAGAAGACCAGCGACAACAAACUGCUGCCUGCCUCCGCCGUGCUAGACCCUGUGGGAGGCACCAUGAAUGUAAGGAACGCGUCCACCAGCUCCUCAGGAACCUACCGCUGCACAGCUAAGAACCGCGUGGGCAUGGAGGAGUGUAUUCUACAGCUUGGCAUCACUCCUCCCCCCAACACUGCUGGUAUCAUAGCUGGAGCCAUCAUUGCUGUUCUGCUGGCCCUCAUCAUCAUCGCCAUCAUCCUCUUCUGCUGCUGCCGCGCCCGCAACAGGAAGAAGUACGAGAAGGAGAUCUCCUACGAGAUCAGAGAGGACGUCCCCCCUCCAAAGAGCCGCGUGUCGACGGCCCGCUCUUUCACCAGCGUGGGCAGCCAGCGCUCCUCCCUGGGCUCCAUGUCCCCCUCCAACCUGCACGAGUACGCCCUCAAGCCCCAGUACGACAAAAUCCCCUCUGUGGAGGAGUAUGAGAGGCCCCCCAGCCACGCACCCCUGCCCCCACCCGUCGCCAGCAAGAUGGCCGGCCCCAACCUCAGCCGCAUGGGCGCCAUCGCCGUCAUGAUCCCCGCCCAGAACAGGGACGGCUCCAUUGUGUAGUGGAAAGAAACAGAAAGAUGGAGGGAAAAACCGGGGGACACUAGACAGAGAGGUGGGGUGGCUGGGCUGGGGGAUUCUACCCUCUAUCACUCACCACCAACUGGGACCCCCACUCUGCUCUGCUUUAUGGAGGUCUGGGUGUGGUGUUGUACUGAGGAGAAAAGAGAAGCAGUAUUGUACCAUGUCAUAUCAGACCCACUAUCAACUAUUUACUGAAGACAAAAAACUGAUGCUUUUAUGAAUUUUACUUCCUGAACUUUCUCACACAUGACAAAUAUGAAUUCUAGGCUGGGUACAUUUUAAUGGUCAAUUCACACAGGUUGCUUUGUACAUAGUUGAAUGCAUGCUGUUCUUUUUCUCUAGCCGGCCCUGUCCAUAGAGAGUUGUGUUCAGAGCGGACCAAGGUCUCUGAUUGGCCUGUGUUGUGUGUGUACCAUGUAGAGUAUUACAGCUUUACGUGUAUGUUUCUGGGGGUGGGACAUGUACAGUUCUACUCUACUUUCUUUGGAUGAAAUACUCACGGAAGGAUCAGACAUGUUUGAUCAAUUCACUUCUGUAACACACAGCUUAUCUCAAGAAUAGGGGUUGCCGAGGGGAUUUUAGAGUUCUGCUUUUCAAAAUAAUGAUUUGUCAAGUAGUUACAUUUUUUAAAGAUGUUCAUUCCACUGGUUGGACUGUGGCUGAUGUAAUGGCCUUGUUUGCCAGCCCUAAGAGAAAUUAGGUCAGCUGGUUGUUAUUUCGCCAGUUGACCGUUUUGAGAUGUCCAGCUUGGGCUGGAGGGGACGGAUGGACAUGGUUGGCUAAUGACACGGAAGGGGGAGUUGAAACCACCACAUCUUGUGAUUAGUGUAUUGUUUCUUUGCCGGGUUCACAGCCCACCCCUCAAGUUCCUACAACAGGCAGUGUUUUGGAGAAUAGGGAGGUGAUGGGUGAGGGUCACUGAACAGUCAUAUUUGAUUGUGUUUGACUGCCACCAGCCCAGGCCCCCAAACCCUCUGACCCCGCCAGUACACCCCUUCCCUAUCCCCUACACUGUAUGCUGUUAUUAACCAUCUCUGGUGUUAAACCAUCAAACCCCUGAACAAAAUGGUAUAUUUGUAACUGCACACUCAGGAUUCAAUAACUCGAUGAAACAACUUUCUCAAUGGUCAUUAUGAAGUCAAAAAUGUUUAGUGGUUCAUUCAUGCACCUCUAUUCAUGAAGGAUAAAUGAAGGAUGGAGUAUGUACAGUAUAGUAAUUUACAUGAUAUAUGGAAGGAAGUGAGUGUUGAGGGGAAGAAGAAAAUAUUAGAAUACUGAGUCACGGGUGUUAGGUUUAGGCUGCACAGCACAGUAACGCUGUUUUCCAGGGUGUCUAUAAUGCACCCAUGCUCUCUCACUCUGUCUCACAUACUCACAGCCCCCCAGUCAGUGCUUCUGCUCAGCCCAGAUGGACUGUUUCUGUGAUUCACAUCAGUAUUCUUGUGCCUUGUCUCUACUGACUUGUAUCACAUACAUACUGUUACAGCCACAGGCCCCUAGGUAGGCGUGUGUGUGUGUACCCAGGCUGUGCUCUAUUCUUCUACCGUUGAUAUGCGCCAUACAUGUAUGUUUUGUAGCCAGCUGUCGUUGUAUGAUACAUGACAUAAUAGUUGGCUACAGAACAUGUAGUAUGUCUGUAGUACUAUACCCACAUCGGGCAUUGCAACUAGUCCACUUUUCAUGGUUCUGGAUCCUGUGUAAAUCCACAUCAACUGAGUGGAAGUUGGUUGCUUUACUUCCCCAUCUGAAAUAGAUUAUUUUCAAUUACAUUAGCUCUAUAUUUAAACAUUAGCAAUAUAAAAAAUAAAACAGUUGACUCACAGUUGUUACUUCUUUUUUAGUUUUAAAUGCAUUAUUUGAGGAUUUUUUUAUUUUUAUUAUGAAGGCUUUUGUUGUAUGUGUAAAUAUACUGUAAAAGUUACACCAUCUCUAGAACUAAUCCCACCAUACUUACUUUAAUGCUCUGUAUGUAUGAUGAUGCUCUGCAGUGCUUUGCUUGGUUAAUGUGUAUCUAAAACAUGAUCGAAGGGUCUUAUAAAUAACAGUGGAGGGUGAAAGCCCACUAAUGUUAAUUCAGGUGGGCACCACUGGCAUUCUACUGCAGCUAUGUUUCAAUAUCCACAUUAGCUUAUUAAUUAUGAUGAAGCAAUAGCAUACAUUGUAAAUAGUAUACUAGUAUGGUUAAUGAAACACAGACUCUGUGUGUAUGAAAUAUAAAGUAUUAGAUUUGAGGUGGAUGAAGUGGAGGUGAAGACCUCUCCUUGUUGUGGCAGGUGUAACCUCACACAUGGGGACAGCAGGCACAUCCGAGACAGGACGUGAAGUGAAACCCACCCCGUACAUUACCCCAAAGUGGAAAACCUGUCAGCUCUCUGGAAGCCCAGGGGACUGUGUGUGUCUUUACUGUAUGGAUGUGUCCCCAAUCUAGUAUUUUAGUAGACCCCCAACUGCUGACAAACUAUAGAGCCAUUAGGGAGUUAGUCAUGUUGUAUAGUCCCUCUCAACUCAGAAAACAAAGAAGUACUACUAACAUGGUAUUAACUGUAGCUUUUAAAACUAGUUUACUAAUAUUGUAUGAAGAGUUUUAUUUGGUGGUUUGUUUGCACAUUGUGUGAUCAUACCUGUUUUUAUUUUUGUGUGUAUUUUUUUGUGCUGUAUUUUUAAAUAAUAAAGGACACAAAAUGAAAGAAAUAA